UGAGAGCGGUCUAUCUUCGUGGGAAUGGCGGGAGGUUUAAUUUCUGUGUAGGCUGAGUAAGAGGGCAGAGGACAAAUUGCCUGUUAUGACUCGCAGAGUGUGAGUGCUGUGUGCCCAGGAGUCCAUCUAUGAGCUGACUGGAGGGAUAGUGCAGGUCUUCACUCAUUACAGCUGAUCGCAGUUGAACUUUUUUACCUGUACACUGAAAUAAGAAAGUUAUGGCAACAGGAGAUGUGAAAGGUGGCAUCCGAAAGUUAGAACACAGAUUAAGACUAAUUAAUUAUCCACGGGAUGUUGACUAUGCAGGGUUAAUGAAAGGAGAUCCUGCUGCCUCACUGCCAAUACUCAGUUUCACAUUCACAUGCUAUUCAACAUAUAUUGCUGAGAUUCUGGUGUCAAUGGAUAUAGAGCUAACAGCAAAGAGUGACUUGAGGUUUAUUGACUCUGUUUAUAAGGUUCUACGUGAUGUGUUUAAUUAUAAACCAAUAUUAACAAAGCAGCAGUUCCUUCAGUGUGCAUAUUCUGAACGUAAGAUACACAUAGUAUGUGAUAUUAUUGACUGUGUUAUGAAGAAGCACAAAGAAUUAGUGAAACAAAACAAGGUUAAGUUACUGCCAGCUAGAAAGAUGGUUGCUGUAAAAGACAAGUGUGAAACCUUUUAUUUUGAGGAGACAUCCCUGCAACCCGCCCUAAAAACUGAGACACAAACUCAAAAGAAGCCAUUAGUGGAGCGACAUGCAGGGAGUGUUCUUCACAUUCAGUCUUUUACUGCAACUGUGCCACCCAGUGAGAAAGAGACUUCAUCAGAUUCUGAUUUUGAAAUUCCAUGUGAGGAUGUGGCAUCAAGAGAUGACUCUGCACAUAUCGAGUUGCUUAAGGCCCAGCUUGCUGAAUGUCAAGAAAAACUGCAAAAGCUAGACUGGAUGGAAGAGAAGCUGCAAGUUUUGGAGACUAGUAUGAAAGGGAAAAUAAUUAUUAAUGAGACAGAUUGGAACAACCUUCUUAGUCGGGUCCUUCUCCUGGAAACAGAUCGCUUGAUACAUUCAAAAAAGGGUGAUUUGUCAUCCGAAUUCACAGCUCUCAUGAGUGAAGGGCGAACAUCAAGUCGAAUGACUCAUGAAGCCUGUACAGAUUUUGAAACCAAAGCAGAUAUACCUGAGAGCCAACAUCAGUCGUCUGGAUACAGUUCCUUGUUAUCUGCAGACACCUCACCCAUAGCUGUUGACAUUCAUUAUACCAACUUGACAGAAGACUCAAAGGAGACAACCAGAAAAAGAAUGGAAAGGAUAGGUAAAAUGAUGGAGGAAACCACGCAACUUUUAAAAAGUUCAAGUAAUGCAUCAUAAUUGUACUAUAUAUUGCCUUUUACGUUUCAAGAAAGAAUACUAUUUGACUACGUUACAUCUAUAAUAAAUUAUUUUUUUAUAAUUAA